AUGGAAGCACCUGUAAAGAAACAUUUGAUGGGUAUAUGUGCCUCUGCUCGGCCUGCUGUUCUGGUAAUCAAUGCCAAGCACAAGUACAGUACAAACUAUGUGUGUGAGACUCAACUAAAGACUAAGGCCAGCGCCAACUAUAAGGCCAGCCUCGACAAGUUAUUGAAAGACUGUUCCGAGAUAUACGCUACAGGUGAGAGGAUAAGUGGAGUCUACACGAUUUGCCCCGGCUCUAACGUGGUGGAUAAAGAACCGAUUGACGUCUAUUGCAACAUUGAUGAAGCUGGUGGAUGGCUUGUCUUUCAGCGUCGCCAGGACGGCACUGUAGACUUUUAUCAAAACUGGGCUGCAUACAAGAAUGGCUUCGGUGAUUUAGAGGCAGAGUUUUGGCUUGGUAAUGAUAUCAUUCAUCGCAUCACAUACCAAGGAGAUUAUACGCUCCGUAUAUACAUGGUGGACCUAAACGGGCAAUCAUUGACGGCAUUGUAUAACAACUUUCGUGUGGCUAAUGAGAGUGAAGGAUAUCGCCUAAAAUAUCUCACGUACAACGCAACUUCUUCAAAUGCAGGUGAUGCGAUGAUCUUUCACAACGGACAUCAAUUCACCACUCUAGAUCGUGAUCGCGAUGGAAAUGCAGAUGAAAACUGCGCCAUUCUCUAUAAAGGAGGAUGGUGGUAUAAUGCCUGUCACUGGGCCAACCUAAACGGAGGUUGGUCCUAUUCAGACCUUAGAGGGAUGAAUUGGAACCAACGGUCUUUGCGGGGUUCGACAAUGGAGAUAAAAGCCCCGUGAUCAGAAGAGACUAAUAAAGUUAUCAUGUACGCAUAGAGUUUCAAAACGUAGUUCACAUCCCUCUGUUCAUAAGGAGUUUGUGAGGAUUAGAUAAACAAGAAAAAAAUAAGAUUUACAAAUCUAAACGUAUCAAAAAGGUAGGCCGAUCGUCUUCUCCUAUUUCAGUGGCCGCUGUUGUGGUGUUGUUUAUGUUAAAUGUUUUCCCUAAACGUUGUUAAUUUUCCAUCAAGCGUCCAGAUGUGUACGGGGCAAAUCAAUUGAAAAUACUCAUGUUUUACGACAUUGUCUAAAUGUUAAAUGUUAUUUUAAGUAAAGAGUUCCGGGACAAUAUUGAUGAUUAUCAGCGCUUUAAAAGAACAUCGUUUAAAAUUGUUUAAGUUUGAUUUCGAUAUAAUAGAUGGAGAAGAAAAAAAAAU